GUGAUUCUUCUUUUCACAGCUAGAGUUGGGAAGACAUCAUUGAUUAUGUCUCUGGUCAGUGAAGAAUUUCCAGAAGAGGUUCCUCCCCGGGCAGAAGAAAUCACCAUUCCAGCUGAUGUUACCCCUGAGAGAGUUCCAACACACAUUGUAGAUUACUCAGAAGCGGAACAGAGUGAUGAGCAACUUCAUCAGGAAAUAUCACAGGCUAAUGUCAUCUGCAUAGUUUAUGCUGUUAACAACAAGCAUUCUAUUGAUAAGGUAACAAGUCGAUGGAUUCCUCUCAUCAAUGAAAGAACAGACAAAGAUAGCAGGCUGCCUUUGAUAUUGGUUGGAAAUAAAUCUGAUCUGGUGGACUAUAGUAGUAUGGAGACCAUCCUUCCUAUUAUGAACCAGUACACAGAAAUAGAAACCUGUGUGGAGUGUUCAGCAAAAAACUUGAAGAACAUAUCAGAGCUCUUUUAUUACGCACAGAAAGCUGUUCUUCAUCCUACAGGGCCCCUGUACUGCCCAGAGGAGAAGGAGAUGAAACCAGCCUGUAUAAAAGCCCUUACUCGUAUAUUUAAAAUAUCUGAUCAAGAUAAUGAUGGUACUCUGAAUGAUGCUGAACUCAAUUUCUUUCAGAGAAUUUGUUUUAACACCCCAUUAGCUCCUCAAGCUCUGGAGGAUGUCAAGAAUGUGGUUAGAAAACAUAUAAGUGAUGGUGUGGCUGACAGUGGAUUGACACUAAAAGGUUUUCUUUUUUUACACACACUUUUUAUUCAGAGAGGGAGGCAUGAAACUACUUGGACUGUGCUUCGGCGAUUUGGUUAUGAUGAUGAUCUGGAUUUGACACCUGAAUAUUUGUUUCCCCUGCUAAAAAUACCUCCUGAUUGCACUACUGAGUUAAAUCAUCAUGCAUAUUUGUUUCUCCAGAGCACCUUUGACAAGCAUGAUUUGGAUAGAGAUUGUGCUUUGUCACCUGAUGAGCUUAAAGAUUUAUUUAAAGUUUUCCCUUACAUACCUUGGGGACCAGAUGUGAAUAACACCGUCUGUACCAAUGAAAAAGGCUGGAUAACCUAUCAAGGAUUCCUUUCCCAGUGGACACUUACGACCUUUUUAGAUGUACAGCGGUGCCUGGAGUAUUUGGGUUAUCUAGGGUAUUCAAUAUUGACUGAACAAGAAUCUCAAGCUUCAGCCAUUACAAAUCCAGCUCCAAGUGAAUGCAAAUUUUUUAUUUUUAAAGAUAUUUAUCACAGAAAAGAUGGGAGGCAGAAGAAAAUUCGAGAUGAUCAUAAAUCCUUCUAUGCUAUUAAUACUGUUUAUGUAUAUGGACAAGAGAAAUACUUGUUGUUGCAUGAUAUCUCAGAGUCGGAAUUUCUAACUGAGGCUGAGAUCAUUUGUGAUGUGGUGUGCCUGGUAUAUGAUGUCAGUAAUCCCAAGUCCUUUGAGUACUGUGCCAGGAUUUUUAAGCAACACUUUAUGGACAGCAGAAUACCCUGCUUAAUUGUAGCUGCAAAGUCAGACCUGCAUGAAGUUAAACAAGAGUAUAGUAUUUCACCUACUGAUUUCUGCAGGAAACACAAAAUGCCCCCACCACAAGCCUUCACGUGCAAUACUGCUGAUGCACCCAGUAAGGAUAUCUUUGUUAAGUUGACAACAAUGGCCAUGUAUCCAGAGGAUCAUUACAGAGACAGACUCUCCCGAGACACGGGCAACACUGAUAGAAUAGAGAAUUUGAGAAAAAUCUGGGUCUUUCUAAAAACUGCUUUCCAUGCCCGGUUACGCUGUAUGUGCACCUGCAACAGGUGUACAUUUUGCAUCUGUCAGAACUUCCUCAACUCAGACUUGCUGCAAUCUGUAAAGAACAAAAUCUUCACCGCAGUUCUUAACAGGCACGUGACACAAGCUGACCUCAAGAGUUCCACGUUUUGGCUUCGAGCAAGUUUUGGUGCUACUGUUUUUGCAGUUUUGGGCUUUGCUAUGUACAAAGCAUUAUUGAAACAGCGAUGA